GCAGCGGCAUGUCACGUUCAGUCUAAGGGCGUCCUGUCGACAAAGAUGAAGCUUUUAGGCACUCCUUUUUUUGUCUUGAUAGUAUCCUUCGCCACACUAUGUCUAGCCGGGAUACCAAUCAGCCAAGCCAUCACACGGCUCCCAGCCUGCGGGGUAUGUGGAAGGAAGAGAGCCCGUCCAUCACAAGCUCGCCGUGCAACUCGGUGACCAACACGACGUGCCUCUGUAACAACAAUGACCUGUAUGGCCUGGUCCAGGACUGCGUCUUGGCCAACUGCACCGGUCCCGACGCCAUCAAAACGGGACUGGUUCAAGCCCAGGUCUGCGACCUCCCGCUCAGGCUCCGCAAGUUCGAUAUCCACAUCGCGGGCAUCCUGCAAGGCCUCGCCAUUUUGUGUAUCUGUCUGCGUAUUUUCUCACGAUGGUACACCAUGGAUCGCACCGGGUUGGACGACUGGAUAGCGAUCAUCAUACUGCCAUUGUACUUCGGGUUCGUGUUUUGCGGCCACUACGCGGGCCAGUUAGCGUUUGGCAUCGACAUAUGGUUCGUGGAGCCCGACGCCGUCACCGAGGCGCUCAAGGCCUUCUACGUCGGCGAGACGCUCUACGUUCUGCUGCUGGGGCUCACCAAGGCGUCGAUGCUGUGCUUCUACCUGCGCGUGUUUCCGCACCAGGGCGUGCGGCGCGCCAUCCUCGUGGGGCUGGGCCUGGUGGUGACGUCGACGGCGACACUGCUGCUGCUGCAGGUGUUCCAGUGCGUCCCCGUAAGUCUCUUCUGGGAGGGCUGGCGGGAGGGGCUGGCGUUCCUGGCGGGCGACCGCCGGUGCGUCAACAUCAACGCGCUAGCGCUGGCUGUGGCCGCCAUCAGCAUCGCGCUCGACAUGGUCAUCCUGGCCAUCCCCGUCCCCGUGGUGAUCAAGCUGGACCGGCAGAUCCGCAGCAAGGCGGCGGGCAUGUUCGGACUGGGCAUCUUCAUCCUCAUGACGAGCUCGGUGCGCAUCCCGUACAUCGUCGAGUUCGGCGACAGCCGCAACCCGACGUGGGACGCGACCGACGCGCUCAUCUGGUCGGGCAUCGAGAUCGCCGUGUCGAUCAUCGUCAUCAGCCUGCCGGCGAUCCGCGUGCUGCUGCGCGUCAUGUUCCCGAGGGGGGGCGCGGCCCGGGAGGGGCUGCCGCCCAUCGAGUCGGCCAGGGGGCGCACGUUCCGGCAGCGGCUGUCGUCCAUCAAUGGCUCGGCUGAGUUCAGGCCCAACUUGCGCGGCGGGGCGUCGCGAGUGGCCGAGGGCAGCCGCGCCAUCGAGCUCAAGGACACCAAGUUCAGCACCGGCACCGCCAGCAGCUCGCAGAUGGAGACCAAGUUCACCACGUCGACCUUUUCCACUGUGACGGUCACGGACGAACGGGACGGGGAAAUGGACGGGGGAAGAGGCAGUGACCGAGGCAGUCACAUCGCUCACCACAUGAAGACAGCCCCAGGCCACGCAAGGGGCGGUUAA